GCUGUUUAACAGACAGUCACUCACUGCCAUUAACGCUAUCUGCAGCUGUCUGUGAGGAAAAAAGGCCAGUCAAAAUGCAAACGUCUCUGUUCAAUAUCGCAGUAUUUUCAUCUUUACAGGUUUUGCUGUCUUUGACGUGCUUUCAAAAGGUCGUCGAAGCCGCCAGCAGCAGAGGGUUCGGAGAUAACAUCCACUGGAGGACACUGGAUGACGGCAAAAAUGAAGCUGAGGCCAGUGGGCUGCCGAUCAUGGUCAUCGUCCACAAGAGCUGGUGCGGAGCCUGCAAAGCACUGAAGCCCAAAUUUGCCGAGUCCAAGGAAAUCUCCGAACUUGCACACAACUUUGUAAUGGUCAACCUGGAGGAUGAGGAGGAGCCAAAGGAUGAAGCCUUCAGUCCCGACGGUGGAUACAUUCCUCGGAUUCUUUUCCUUGAUCCCAGCGGUAAAGUCCACCCUGAGAUCACCAACAAGAACGGAAAUCCCAACUACAAGUACUUCUACAGCAGCGCAGAACAAGUUCUGUCCAGUAUGAAGGAGGCGCAGGAGAAGCUGACAGGCGACGCCUUCAAGCGAGGUCACACCGGAGACGAGCUGUGAGGAGGCGGGAGACGGGCGUCAGGCUGUAAGGGCUACACUUCCUCUACCUGAGCCUGAGCUUCAGUAACUCCCCGCUACCCCCCUUCCAAAAAAACAAGCCCGUUUCACUAUUUAUAGUCAUUCUUACGACAGUGAGCUCCGUCUCACUGACCGAACCAAGCCAACCAUUAACGACGUUGGUGCUUGAGUGAUUUUCUGGUAUUUUUUUGGUCUUGUACGGUUUUCCCAACAUUACUACACUCAUAACGAGGUUCAGACUUUUCUUGUCUUUUGUUAUUACAUCAUGUAUUUGUAAUCUACUGUUGUUGAUGAAACGCCAUAUACUGUACUUUGUAUCUGUAGAGGAUAUAAACAAGUUAGCCAAAAUUAACCGCAGUAUGUGAUGAACUCUCACCUGCACACGCUGUUGUUGGAUGGAAACUCAACAUCCGCUAAUUGCCAAGUUUUCAAGAUACAAAAUGCCUUGUUUGUUACUAGAUGACCACAAACUUUUAGUCUUUUUGAUUUCACAAACGCAUUUUUUCAGCCAACAGCAUUGAUAUAAUACUUCAUACUGGUCAAGAUAAGUAUUUAAACACCUCCUGUAAUGUGCUUCCAAAGAUCCUCUACAGUACGUUAAUGAUCUGUGACGAUGUUUACCAUGCACUCCAACAUGGGCUCUGUACUUCUGAUUUAUAUUAUCCAGUCUUUAAAAAAUAAUCUUAAUUAUUCAUUUAAUCCUGCCAAUGUCUGUAUACUUAUUUAGCUUAUAUCUACCUAACUGGGGUUUUUUUUUUCUGUUCUAAGUGUGUUUUACUGCUUAAGUGACGCCACUCGGUUCAUUUUUAAGAAACAAAAAACUCUUUAAACAAGGGAUGGAAACUCCGGUUAAGUGUGUUGAUGUAUUUUAUACAUGUACACAGCCACGUGUGCAAAUAAAGUUUGUAUUGAGAA